AUGCAGCCUCCACGCUGCUCCAUUCACAAGCAGCGCUCCCUCCUCUCCCUGCAGCCUGCGUGGAUCCACUCUGCCUAAAUGACCACAAACGGGUAACGGAUGGAUUAUAAGAUGGAUGGAUAUUUGGACCAGCAAGUGCCUUACACUUUAGCAAAUAAGUCGCAUGGAAAUGGGCCCCUAAAUAGACUGUUGAUGGCAGCGAAAAGGAAAUACAUGGACACAGAAUUACCCCCUCAGGAAUCCGAAGACCUCUUCCAGGAUUUAAGCCAACUCCAAGAGACAUGGCUCACAGAAGCUCAAGUUCCCGACAGUGACGAGCAGUUUGUUCCUGAUUUCCAUUCUGAGAACUGUGAGUACUUUCAAUGCCCUGCCGUCGUCUUUCUUUGUCCAAGUAUGUUGUUUACACUUGGAGCUGCUCGAGAGAUGUGA